AUGGGCAAUUUCGACCACAAUGCCGUGAUUCGCGGCUUUCAGCUCACGGUUGUUGCAACCGUCCGCGCAUUGCGGAAUCCUGACUUAUUCAAAUAUGAUCACUUCCGACAGGCUGCAUUUGCAGUUGCAGUCGGAGUGGCUGUCGAGCUUCUUAUUCAGAUUCCAAUUAUCGGACUCAAGUUCAUCCUCUGGUUCCUCUCAUGGAUCAUCGAUCUCGAAAGCGUGACUUGGGAUGACUCCCUCAUUGAUGCCCUGGAAUUCCUCUCCAAGUCUGUUCUUCAGGUUCCUUUCUUGAUUAUGUCGCUGAUGCGAUACAUCACCCCUACACUCGAUGAGAUCUUCAUGGAGUCAUUGAAAUGGGUGGACUCUACCUACGUCGACAAACACAAGGCGGAGGACCCCAACACUCUGCGUGCCAUGUACUAUCCUAACCUCUCACUGUACUCAACCACCGAUGGCAAGGUCAAGUCCACUGAGCCGAAGAAGCCGGCCAAGGAAAGAAUUUUUCUAUUCCUUCGGAGGUCUGGCCAAAGAGCCGCCUUGCUUCUGGGCGUGUCUAUCCUGUCACUUGUACCCGUCGUCGGACGGUUUGCGACGCCCGCUGCCUCGUUCUAUGCCUUUAAGGGUGUCGUGGGAACUACCCCUGCCGCCGUCGUCUUCGGAGCGGGCUUGGUUUUCCCGAAAAGCUAUGUCGUUUCCUUCCUGCACAGCUUUUAUGCGUCCCGCACUCUUAUGCGCGAGAUGCUCGAUCCCUACUUCAGCCGCGUUCCUUUCACCCGUGAGCAGAGAGCACGUUGGUUUGCCGAUCGCGAGGGCGUCCUCUUUGGGUUUGCCUUUGCUUUUACCGUUGUGUUGAAGACUCCCUUCAUCGGGGUUCUUCUGUAUGGUGUGGCACAAGCAGCCACGGCGUAUCUCGUCACUAAGGUCACGGACCCUCCGCCGAGCCCUGCCGAGAAGGAGGGAUUCGCUGAGACCCAGGUGACCUGGAAGAAUAAGCAUGAGUUCCUGCGGCUGUCGUUGGAUAAUAUCGACCAGCUCAAUAAAGCGCAGGAGGAGGAAAAGCCCAGUGCGCCCGAGGGCCCUGGCCGGAAGUUCGCCUGAUGUCAGGAAGUUGAGGGAGACCUAGAGAGAGACCUAGAGGGAGCGUGGCUUCCAACCUACAAAAGUUGAUUAUGGUAACCAUUCGGGAACGUAUUCUCAGGUGUUCUGGACAUUGCACGCUGUGUUCUGUUUAUUGGGCUUCGGUAUAUUGUUAUCAUAGACAGAAAUAAAAUGGAGCCAUCCUUCCCGCUGAU